GCAUUACCAAUUUAUUGCUCCUGAUCUUGUGUUUUUGCUAUACAUUUUGCCUGACAUUGCUACUGAGUGUUUUAUUGCCAUUUUGUGAGUGUUGUUGUUCAUCGCCAUCCUUGCCGCUGCACCAUUGUCUGUCUUCUAAUAAACAAUAAACCUGGCCAUUGUUCUAAUAAUUAUAUAUCUUUCUUUUUAUGUUGCUGGUGCUAUUAGAUUCUCCCAAGGAAAGCUCGCCUAAAUCCUUGAAGAAGGACUCUAACGAUGCAAUUCAUUCCAGCAGGGAGGAGAGAACAAGUGUAGAGAGUAGUUUGAGCCGUAGCUCUGCUGUGGAUCUAAAUAGGUUCCAAGCAAGGAAUUUUACAUUAGACGAAGUAGUUACUGCCACUGGAAAUUUCAAGAAAGAGAAUUUUCUUGGCGCAGGAGGCUUUGGAAGAGUUUAUAAAGGUUACCUGAAAGAUAGUGGUGAGAUUGUUGCUAUAAAGAAACUUGAUCCGCGAGGGGGUCAGGGGAAACGUGAAUUUCUGAUCGAGGUUUUAACAUUGAGCAAUGCCGAACAUGAUAAUCUGGUUAAACUAAUUGGCUACUGUACAGAGAGAAAUCAGAGGAUAAUAGUUUAUGAACAUAUGCCACUCGGCUCUUUAGAGGACCAUUUACAUGGGACUCUACUGGCUAGAAAGCACUUGAAUUGGAACACGCGGAUGAAGAUUGCAGCUGGAGCAGCGAAAGGCUUGGAGUAUCUGCACAGCCAGAUGAAGCCACCAGUUAUAUACCGUGAUUUGAAGUCUUCCAAUAUCUUGCUGGGAGAGGGUUAUCUUCCGAAACUAUCUGAUUUUGGUUUGGCUAAAGUAGGGCCAUUGAGUGGCGAAAGUCAUGUUACUACCCGAGUUAUGGGCACUUACGGUUAUUGCGCCCCUGAGUAUGCUAAGACAGGCAGGCUAACAUACAAGUCAGACAUCUAUAGUUUUGGUGUUGUUCUUUUGGAGCUCGUCACAGGUAGGAAUGCCUUUGACAAUAGAAAACCUGGCCCAGAACCUCAUAAUCUAGUUGAAUGGGCAAGGCCAAUGUUCAAGGACCGUCAUAAAUUCCAUCAAAUGGCCGACCCUGCGCUGAAUGGCGAGUAUCCGUCUAAAAUGUUAUACCAAGUAUUGGCGAUUGCUGCAAUGUGCACACAAGUAGAUCCGGAGCUCCGGCCAAAUACUACCGACCUGGUAACAGCUCUCGCCUUUCUUUCUUCCCACUCGAACAGUCCCAUCCAGAGCACACUUAUAGCAAGCAGCUCCAGCUCCAACUCCAACUCCGAGACCCCUCAGAUGGGAUAGGAUCAUAGCAUAGGCUGAACUGAGUGUCCUCAUUGUUGUUAUGGUUUCGA